AUUGAGCUCACGCAAUCAAGUACAUACGUGAAGAUUGCAUUGCUGAACGCGGAGGCUCAACGCCAAUCGUCGCCUGGGUAUACGCCCAAGAACAGAACAAACCGUGUCUCCCUUCUCCGAUGUUUCUUAUCGGGUUGGUCCGAGCGUCCUGAUAACCCGCCGCAAAAGAUUUCUCCGUUCAAUUUUCUUUUCUCCAUCAUUCAACCCCAAACACACCACAUCAUGGCCAAAGGGGAAAAAAAGCGCUCUUCGGGCGCAAAUGAGCCUGCCCCCGAGGCAGCCGCUGCAACCUCUGCUUUCGAUUCGAUCGUUAUGCCGGACGCAAGCGCCUUUGUAGGCCUACGACAGAAAAUUGAACAACGAUUGAAGAAUCAGACCCAGAACACCGGCAAGGGAAAGAAGGACAACAAGCAGCCCCCUGCGCCUAAAACAGAUGCUUUCGCAAAGAAAGGAAAGCAAUCUCCCGCCAAGCCCGGCCGACCCCAGGAUUCCGCGCAAGGCAAGAAGCGGGAUCGCAAUGGCGAGGUGAUUGCUCGGGACGAGAAGAAGGAUGGAAAGAGCAACCAGGAAAAGCCCAAGGUGCACAAGAAAACUAACGACGACGAAACUCUGCGCCAGGAAAUUCUCGCCAUGGGUGGCACAGAGGAAGAUCUUGAACUUCUUGCUGGUGUUGACUCGGAGUCUGAGGUCGAAGGUGAAACCGCCAAAGGCGAUGAUGAUCUUCGCAAGCAGCUCGCAAGUAUGCUGGAAGCUGCCGGUCACGUAGUGCCCGAGGAUCUUGAGGAUGACGAAGUCGAGGAAAUCGAAGAGGAGCCAGAAGAGAGUGAAGAUGAAAUUGCUGCUGAGGACAGCGAGGACAACGCAGAGAGCAGCGGAGCGGAAUCAGACAUUGAAGAAGCCCCUGCUAAGAAAAAGGAGUCCGAAGCUACUGUUCCCAAGGAGUUUCUGAACCUGAAAGUUCUUCCUCGUUCCGAUUGGUAUAACAUCCCCAUGCCCUCCGCUGGAAACACAAAACAAAUGAACGCAUUGCCGCGCCACCUUAUCGAGCGCGUCCACGAGCUGGCCAACAAUCUUCUCCAGGAAGAGAACGAGCAAUAUGCGGUGGCCCAAAGAACGAACGCUUCUUCGUCACACAAGUUCUACUCCACCAUCAUGGCUUCCGGUACUCUGAGCGAUAAGAUUUCAGCCUUGACUCUGAACGUUCAGGAGUCACCUCUGCACAAUACCAAGGCACUGGAAACAUUGAUUGGCCUCGGAAAGAAACGCAGUCGCGCGCAGGCAGUUGAGGUCCUGCGGUCGUUGAAGGAUAUGUUUGCCCAGGGUACUCUGUUGCCCAGUGACCGACGACUGAAGGCUUUCGCCAACCAGCCUGGUGCCGGUGGCCGAUGGAACGAGAAGGACCCCCUUCCUGGUGGUCUUCAAAAGAGCCAGUUGAUUGUUUGGGCCUUUGAGAACUUCGUCAAGGACCAAUUCUUCGAGGUUUUGAAGAUUUUGGAAAUUUGGUGCAAUGACGAAAUCGAAUUUUCUCGGUCUCGCGCCGUCAGUUACGUCUACGAACUUCUGAAGGAGAAGCCGGAGCAAGAGACCAACCUUCUGCGACUUUUGGUCAACAAGCUUGGAGAUCCAGGCAAGAAGAUUGCCUCUCGAGCCUCUUACCUGCUCCUGCAACUCAUGCAGUCGCAUCCUAUGAUGAAGCCCAUCAUCAUCAAGUCAGUGGAAGAGGUGCUGUUCCGACCCGGCCAGAGCUCUCACACCAAGUACUACGCUAUUAUCACACUGAAUCAAACUAUCCUGAGACAGAAGGAAGAGAAGGUGGCUGCUCAGCUGCUGGACAUCUACUUCGGUUUGUUCCUUGUUCUUCUUAAGCCCUCGACUGCGGGCAAUCCGGGCAAGCCGGCCCCUAAGGGCAAGCACGGUAAGUCUGGAAAGGGACCUAAGGGCAAGGGUGACGACGAGGCCAAGGGCCAGGCUCAGGACGACGAGAUGCGGGAAAAGUUGAUCUCUGGUGUCUUGACCGGUGUCAACCGUGCUUAUCCUUUCACCGACUCGGAUUCUGAACGCAUGUCAAAGCACCUUGACACCCUCUUCCGUAUCACGCACUCGUCAAACUUCAACACCAGUAUCCAAGCUCUCAUGCUGAUCCAACAGCUGACAGUGGCCAACAAGGUGUCUGGCGAUCGUUUCUACCGCACUCUGUACGAGUCCUUGCUCGAUCCUCGCGUUGCUACUUCCUCCAAGCAAUCUCUCUACCUCAACCUUCUCUACAAGUCUCUCAAGAACGAUCUUAAUGUCCGACGAGUCAAGGCAUUUGUUAAGCGCCUUAUGCAGGUUCUUGGCAUGCACCAACCCUCUUUCAUUUGCGGUAUCCUCUACAUGAUCCGCGAGCUCGAGAAGACAUUCACAGGCCUGAUGGCCCUGGUUGACCAGCCUGAGGAACUCGACGACGAUGAAGAGGAGAACUUCCGUGACGUUCCCGAUGAGGAUGACGAGCAAGUUGAAGAGGCACCAGUUAUCGAGGCUAGCAAACCUAAGCAGGCCAACGCAUACGAUCCUCGCAAGCGCGACCCCGAGCACAGCAAUGCCGACCGAAGCUGUCUUUGGGAAUUGCUGCCGUUCACUAACCACUUCCAUCCUUCCGUCUCUCUCAACGCUACGAAUUUGCUCGAGCACAAGCCAAUGAGCGGCAAGCCAGACCUGACGUUGCACACUCUCACCCACUUCCUCGACCGCUUCGUGUACCGCACACCCAAAGCUAGCGCCGGUGCUCGCGGUGCCUCUCUCAUGCAGCCUCUUGCUGGUGGUGACACUGUCGACCGCCUGGUGGAGGCCGGCAAGAAGGCCCAGAACCAGCUGCCGCUCAACACUGACGCUUUCUGGAAGAAGAAGGCCCAGGAUGUCGCCGCCGAGGAUGUCUUCUUCCACGAGUACUUCACCCGUGUUAACAAGGACAAGGAGAAGUCCCGUGCCAAGAAGGGCAAGGAUGUCGAUGCUGUCGAUGGCGAUGAAGGCCUCAGCGACAACGAAGACGAGAUCUGGAAGGCGCUCGUCGACUCCCGGCCUGAGCUGGAAGCCGAUGAGAGCGACGACGACCUGGACAUGUCCGACCUCGAGUCCGCGCUCGGUGAUGAUGAUGACGAGGAAGAUGAAGGCGACGACGAUUCCGAUGGUGGCGUCAUCUUCAAUGACGAGUCCGAUGUGCCCUCCGACGAAGACGAGGAAAUGGCCGACUUCAGCGAGGAAGAGGCCGCCCCAGCCAAGUCGAAGAAGACCGCCAAGAAACCCUCCAAAGAAGACGAGGAGGACUCCGACGACUUCGAUAUGGAUGUGUCAGACGACGAGGCCUUCUUCGACAGCGACGAGGAUCUCCCCUCGGACAUCGAGAUCGGCGGCGCGGUCGAAGAGCCUGCCGAUGUCCCUGCCCCGGCCGAGUCAAACAGCAAGAAGCGCCGCAAGCUCAAGCAGCUGCCUACCUUCGCCUCCGCGGAGGACUACGCUGCUUUGCUGGCGGACGACGACGACGGAAUGUAA